UUAUAGGUUCACGCAGAUCGCAGUUGAUCCACAGAUAAAGACACCCGGAGGAAAAGCAUACGAUGUUCUGUUUAUUGGAACAGACUACGGCAUGGUGCUGAAAACGGUGAACGCCGACUCGGCUGACUCGAUAGAGCGCGUGAAUCCGGUGCUCAUUGAGGAGAUCCAGGUGUUCCCCUCUAACGUGUCCCAUACGAUCACUGAAGGUCAUGCGCACCGACAACCAGGAAGGCAGGCUGAUUGUCGUCUCCGACACGGAAGUCUUGUCGCUGCGCUUGCAUCGCUGUGAUAAGGUCACCUCUGGUUGCAGCGAGUGCGUGGCGCUUCAGGACCCGUACUGUGCGUGGGACAAGACGGUGUCGAAGUGUCGAUCGGUGGGAUCGGGCGGGGCUCGUUGGACCGACGAGAAGGUCUUCUAUCAAAGUGUUGCCACGGGUUCGCAUCCCGCAUGUCCUGCCAGUAAAGUGAUGAACAAGGAGGCUGGCAACUAUGGUGGCUUUUCAUUGUACAAGUCCUACAAUGAAGACCACUCGGGCCAGGCUAGCAAGGAGUCGCCUGAAGGCGAAGUGUUCACCAUGACUCGUGAGGAGGAAGAUCACUAUAAUGGACCCCAAGUGACAACAGCCGAAAGCCUGCCUAACCAGUACUCGAUAGAGACACUAGUUCUGGCAGUUCUGACCGCCUCACUGGCAGCACUGGCGUUUGGCUUCCUGGCCGGAUACUUCUGUGGACGCAAGUGUCACAAGGAUGAAGAUGACAACCUGCCCUACCCCGACACUGAGUACGAGUACUUUGAACAGAGGCAGAAUGUUAACACUCGCCGCAUGCCCCCCGAACCGAAACUGCUGGCCCAGGAAGAGGUGACCUACGCUGAGCCAGUGCUGGUGGCGCCACCCAGCAGCAAACAGCUGAACUCGCCCAAGGCGACGUUGCCACGUGGUGCCGGCCAGAAGCAGCUCGACAACAACAUGUUCCAGUUCAGCGAUGGCGGCGGAUACAACAUGGCAGCGCCGCCUUACGCCAGUGCACGGCCCUCCAAUCGCGAUCACUUUGGCACGUUACGGUCGCAGCGUGAUCUGCCCAAGCAAAAUGACUCAGGCAUGGCUGCCUACCGGAUGGGUUCGGCACAACACGCAGUGUGAAGAAGGUGUACUUGUGAGAGACAGGGGAGGAGGGCACGGGCGGUGGCAGAAGCAGUUUGCCGGGGCGCACAAGGGGUGUUGCCAACCGCGGGGGCCACACGACCAACAGCAGUCAUCAUCCCCUCGCCACGCACACCCCU